GUCUUCUGUACAUUUUCCUAACGUUCUUCCUCAGUUACAUCACCACGUGUUUUGUCGAGACUGCAAGCCGGAUCUCUGCACAAUCGAACGUUAAAUUUUCACCGACAAAAUGUUACAAGCCGCAAGAUUGUGUACCCGUCCUCUGAAAGACUGUACAAUCCUCGCAUCCGAUGUAUUUCAAGGGCGUGGAAUUACACAGUUUUGUCAGAAAAAUAAUUCAUGUUCCCUGUGGGAGUUGCAGAGAAGAUUUAAAUCAGAUGGAGUUAAAGGCCCUGUUAUUGGAAUUGAUUUGGGAACAACCAACUCAUGUGUUGCUGUAAUGGAAGGUCAAACUCCUAAAGUUAUUGAAAAUGCUGAAGGCUCAAGAACAACACCAUCAGUUAUUGCAUUCACAAAGGAUGGUGAACGUCUUGCUGGCAUGCCUGCAAAGCGUCAAGCAGUAACUAAUGCUCAAAACACGUUGUAUGCUACCAAACGUCUGAUUGGUCGGAAAUUUGAAGAUCCAGAGGUUAAGAAGGACAUGAAAACCGUUUCGUACAAAAUUGUCCGUGCAUCCAACGGUGACGCGUGGGUAGAGGCACAAGGAAAACUAUACUCCCCUUCCCAAAUCGGAGCCUUCGUUCUUACAAAGAUGAAAGAAACUGCUGAAGCUUACUUAGGUACUCCCGUCAAGAAUGCAGUCGUUACCGUUCCAGCCUAUUUCAAUGAUUCCCAACGACAGGCAACGAAAGAUGCUGGUCAAAUUUCUGGUUUGAACGUUUUGCGUGUCAUUAACGAGCCAACGGCAGCUGCACUCGCCUAUGGAAUGGACAAGUCAGAUGAUAAAAUCAUCGCCGUAUACGAUUUGGGAGGUGGAACAUUCGAUAUUUCCAUCUUAGAGAUACAAAAAGGUGUCUUUGAGGUUAAGUCGACAAAUGGAGACACCUUCUUGGGUGGAGAAGAUUUCGAUAAUGCUUUGGUGAACUUCCUCGUAAACGAGUUCAAGCGUGACCAGGGUCUUGAUAUUACCAAGGAUCCUAUGGCAAUGCAACGAGUAAAAGAGGCUGCAGAAAAGGCUAAAAUCGAGUUGUCGUCAUCCAUGCAAACAGAUAUUAACUUGCCUUACCUGACGAUGGAUUCAUCUGGGCCCAAACACAUGAACCUGAAAAUGUCGCGUUCCAAGCUUGAGAGUUUGGUUGGAGAUUUGAUUAAGCGUACUGUCGGCCCAUGCCAAAAAGCUUUGAAAGACGCAGAAGUUAGCAAAAAUGACAUUGGGGAUGUUCUUCUAGUUGGAGGCAUGACACGUAUGCCUAAAGUACAAGAAACCGUCAAAGACAUUUUCGGGCGAGUUCCGAGCAAAGCCGUGAACCCAGACGAAGCCGUUGCCGUUGGUGCUGCCAUCCAAGGCGGCGUACUUUCUGGUGGUGUUACCGAUAUUCUUCUCUUGGACGUCACACCAUUGAGUUUGGGCAUUGAGACGUUAGGAGGGGUUUUCACGAAACUCAUCCAGCGCAACACAACCAUUCCUACGAAAAAAUCUCAAGUUUUCAGCACAGCAGCUGACGGUCAGACGCAAGUAGAAAUCAAGGUAUAUCAAGGAGAACGUGAAAUGGCAGCCGACAACAAAAUCCUUGGGCAAUUUUCACUUAUUGGAAUCCCACCUGCUCCUCGCGGUGUCCCCCAAAUUGAAGUCACAUUCGAUAUCGACGCUAACGGCAUUGUCCACGUAUCAGCUCGUGACAAGGGCACCGGCAAAGAGCAGCAGAUUGUUAUUCAGUCUAGCGGUGGAUUGUCUAAAGAUGAAAUCGAAAACAUGGUACGCAACGCUGAGCAGUUCGCCAAGGAAGAUCAAGUAAAACGCGAUCGCGUCGAAGCUGUGAAUCAUGCCGAAGGUAUCGUUCAUGACACGGAGUCCAAAAUGGAAGAAUUUAAAGAACAACUCCCAGCAGAAGAAUGCUCUAAGCUCCGCGAGCAAAUUUCGGCAGUUAGAGAUAUGUUGGUAAACAAAGAUUCAAAAACACCCGAGGAGAUCAAGAAGACGACAAAUGAUCUUCAACAAGCAUCUCUAAAACUUUUCGAGAUGGCAUACAAGAAAAUGGCUGCAGAUCGCGAAAGCAGCGGUGGAAGUACCAACAGUGGUGACAGCACAGGGAGUACGGAUAAGAAAGAAGAUAAGCAAUAGGAUUGUAUGUUAAAAUAAUUAUUGAACUUGCGUGUUACAAUAAACAGUUAAACUUG